AUGCUCACACAUCGCGGUUUCUCUGCGUGGAUAACGGUAGACGACGAACCCCUCCCCGAGUACCUUGUCGCCGUGGACGAAAGCUCCCACCGAGUAUCAUGUUGGAUCCCUGGUGAAGAAGGGCAGUCCUUCACUGUGUGGUGGCAAGACCAUGGCGGCAAGGUUGAUACUUGUUCUUUCAUUCUGUUGGACGGGCUCGCUGUACCGGGACGCUUUUUGUUUGGAGAAGGAGUUUCUUCAAGAUCAGGGCUUCGUUCCUCUCAUAUGACGGAAAAACCAUUUGUCUUCACCAAGGUUCCUCAGGAAGAAGACAGUGCGGAGAGUAACAAGGACGCCGGGACGAUAGUCGUGAAAAUCAAGCGUGUAAAGCGCGUUGCGGCUCGUCCAUCCAACCCGGUACGACCUGUUGGCGACGUUGCGGCUUCGGGAAAGAAGAAGGUCGGCGAUCUCUGCGUGGGCUUUGGUCAAGAACGAAGCACAACUCUGCAGUACCAUUCGACAUGGUCCGUCGUGCCCUACGAUGAUCCCGAAUCCGAAAAGCCUUCGACAUACGUCUCUUUUGUCUUUCGUUAUCGGUCGGCAGAAUUCUUGGAGUCGCAGGGUAUUGCGCCUGACGUAAAACAGCGCAUGGCCCCGAAAUUGGGUGAAAAGCGCCGUGUAUCCAGCUUACCACCUGCAACCCUGGCGGCUGUUUUGGCUACGCCUAGCCCCAGCCCACCCAAGAAGCCCCGCCUGGAAUACAAUCGUCCUCGACUCACGGAACCUAUCUCAAUUCAUGACCAAGGAGCUUUCGCUACUCGCAGAACAUCUGGAGACAUCAAGCGAGUGGCGAGCUGGAAGGACGCCCCUUCCCUCCCUUCGCAAGGUGUCGUCAUCUUUCCGCGGUCACAAAGAGCUAUCUCCACCACGAAUCACAACUCAUUUCUCCCAUCCUCCAACUCCAGCGAAACGUCUACGCUUUCUGAUGAUGAUGACGACCGUUAUGAACGAUCCUUCAGUUGA